AUGCCCAUUAGCUACCUGAUUCUGUUGUCCCGACAGGGCAAAGUGCGUCUCGCCAAAUGGUUCACGACCCUGUCACCCAAGGAGAAAGCGAAGAUCAUCAAGGAUGUACCCAACUUUCGCUUCGCGAUCCUUGCAGUCCCCAGCGAGCAGUUUACUGACCGCAAUCCUUUGCUUCCAGAUUCCAAAGUUGUCUAUCGCCGCUAUGCAUCCCUGUUCUUCAUCGCCGGCUGCGCAUCGACCGACAAUGAAUUGAUCACCUUGGAAAUCGUCCAUCGCUACGUGGAACAGAUGGACAAGUACUACGGAAACGUGUGCGAGUUGGACAUUAUCUUCAACUUCCAGAAAGCCUACUUUAUCCUCGACGAGCUCUUACUUGCAGGCGAGAUGCAAGAAAGCAGCAAGAAGAAUGUGCUUCGAUGCAUCAGUCAGCAGGACAGCUUGGAAGACAUGGAGGUUGAGGAAGACGUGGUCACCAAGAUCAUGUAG